AAGAAUGAGAAACGUACCGAACCGAAGAGUUCAAUUUUGGGACGCGAAAGUCUACCGCGCGAGCUUUCAGAAAAUACAAAAAAACAAAGUGAGCUGCGAUUCGUCAAAUUCAGCCACUACCAGUAGAUUGAUUUCCAUUCAAACACGGGAAAGAGAGAGGAGGAGACUCCGUCAAGUCAAGGAAAGUAGUGACUACGACUUUGACCAACCGCCCACUCUAAUCAGACAAGUAGGUGUCCGUCUCUAUCUGUCUUCAACUCUCAAGCCUGCAGUCACCACCUGGGGUCUGCACUUUACUCUGAGAACUCUAGACGGAAGGAGAGACAGACUUUGAGAAGUCAAGCAAAGACAUACUUUCUCAUGUCAGGGAAAGUAGGUCGAUUCAGCGACGCCAUAGUCUAAUUGAGAAGAAGAAGAAGAAGAACUAGAUUUCUCCACAGUAAUGGCGUACUGCGUGGUAGACUCCGUCAUCCUGACUUUGGCACCACUGAUAAUCAACGAAGCGAAGCUUUUGAGCAAUGUCCGCCGAGAUGUUGCGAGCAUCAAAGCUGAAUUGGAGAGCAUAAAGUCUUUCCUAAAAGACGCCGAUCUUAGGGCAGAAACCGGAGAUGAAAUUGCCAUGGUUUGGGUGAAGCAGGUCCGGGAAGUGGCGUACCGAAUCGAGGAUGUGAUCGAAGAAUACAUGCUUGAUCGAGGAAGGCGGCGUCGUUUCGGCAGUUUACUCCGUAGAGUAAACAUAGCCUCUCAGAUUCAAGACAUCAAUCGGACGAUUGGUGAGAUCAAGGAGAGGGCUGACAGGUAUAGAGUCAGUGUGAUACAAGGAUCAGGGAGUGAAAGAAUUGAACGGCCGUGUUAUGAUCCUCCAGUGGCUUCCCUCUUCGUCGAGGAAGAUGAACUCGUGGGAAUUGAAUCCCUCAGAGAUGAAUUGACCCGGCAAUUGAUAUCCAAAGAGUCAAAACGAGUGGUGAUUUCGGUAGUGGGGAUGCCUGGAGUUGGCAAGACCACUCUUGCUAGCAACGUUUAUGGAAAAAAAACGGUGACCGGACACUUUGAUUGCUGCGCUUGGGUCCCUGUCUCUAGAUCAUACAAGUUGGAGGAGAUACUCAGAACAACGCUGAAACAGUUUUACCAAUCUGAAGGAAUUGAUACAAUGGGCCAGAAUUCACUCGUUCACAACCUGAGGGAAUUUCUAACUCAGAACAGGUAUCUAAUUGUCUUUGAUGAUGUAUGGACAACAAGCUUUUGGGAAUUCAUCAAACAUGCUUUUCCCAGAAAUGGGAAAGACGGCAGGGUAAUCAUCACCACCCGCAGUGACGAGGUUGCAGAUUUCUGCAAAGAAUCGCCAGGGGAUCAUUUCCACCGUCUUCAGCCCCUGCCCGAAGAGAAGGCUUGGGACCUCUUCUGCAUAAGGGCCUUCCAAAGGGACUUCGAGGGCCGCUGUCCCCCUGAAUUGAAGGACGUAUCUCUUCGAAUCGUUCAAAAAUGUGAAGGAUUGCCACUUGCUAUUGUGGCAAUAAGUGGUAUUCUGUCCAUCAAAAACAAGGUUGCAUCAGAAUGGAAGAGGUUCUACGAUAGCCUAGGCUCUGAGUUACAAAGGAAACCUGCCCUUACAAGCAUCUCAAAAAUUGUGUUGCUUAGUUACCAUGAUUUGCCCUACUACCUCAGAUCCUGUUUCUUGUACUUUGGCAUAAUACCUGAGGAUUACUCUAUUAAUUGUGGAAGAUUGAUCCGGUUGUGGAUAGCAGAGGGCUUCAUUGAAGAACAGAGAGGCAAAACUUUGGAAGAAGUUGCAGAAGAGUACCUGUCCGAGCUCAUCCAUAGAAGCUUGGUUCAAGUGUCAAGUAAGAAAUCUGAUGGGAGAGUUAAAACCUGCAGGGUGCAUGAUGUGGUGCGAGAGAUCAUCGUGACAAAGUCUAUGGAGUUGAACUUUUGUCAGGUUUUAGGAGCAGAGAAUUCGAGUUUCAAUGACAUUACUCGAAGAUUGUCAAUACAUAUGGAUUACAAUUUGAACAACAUUCUUGAAAGGGGUAAGAUAUCCUGGAUUCGUUCAAUUUUGCUUUUUCAAGUGGUUAAGUUGCCAGAGAAACCCCUUAUGAGUACACUGGCAAUAAAUUUCAAACUUCUGAAAACGCUAGAUCUUAGUGAUUCUCCUUUGAUUCAGAUUCAUAAAGAAGUGGGAAAGCUACGUCAUUUGAGAUACCUAAGUGUAAGGCAUACAAAGGUCACAGUGAUUCCCAAGUCAAUUAGGAAGCUGCACAACCUGCAGACUCUGGAUUUGAAAUAUUGUCUUGUGCGUGAGCUACCUUUUCAGAUCAACAGGCUCCAUAAGUUGAGGCAUCUUUUGGCAUUUAACCAUCACCAUUGGAGUUUUCGUUUAGAUACCGUAAAAGGGGUAAAGAUACGAGGAGGGAUUGGUUGUUUAGAGGAGUUGCAGAAGCUAUGGCUUGUGGAGGCAAAUCAUGAUGCAGUUAGCCUAUUUAAAGAGCUUCAGAAUUUGCAGAAGUUGAGGAAGUUGGGCAUCUGCAAAUUGAGAACAAAAAAUUGCAGGGAUCUUUUUAACAGCAUUCAGAAUAUGAAACAUCUUAAAUUUUUGGCGGUAUGCACUAUAAGUGAACAUGAAAUUCUGGAUUUGGAUUCGGUUUCUGCUCCACCUAAAUCUCUUGAGCGGCUCGUCUUGUGUGGACGUUUGAAAAAGCUACCAUGUUGGAUUGCUCAACUUCAAACUCUACGAGAACUAAAACUGCUCUUGUCAGGUUUGGUUGAUGAUCCACUGCAGGGGCUUCAAGCGUUGUCUAACCUACUAGCGCUCACUCUCACUAACGUGUGUUAUGGAGACCAAAUGUCUUUUAAGGCUGGAUGGUUUCCAAAACUCAAGAGGUUAAGUCUUUGUUCUGAGGAGGGAUUGCGUUCAGUGAUAAUAGAGGAAGGGGCAUUGACUCUUCUUGAAGAGCUAAUAUUUGGGCCAUGUCAGCAAUUACAAGAGGUUCCUUCAGGGAUCCGCCACCUGAAGAAACUCAAAACUCUUUUCUUUUCUCAUAUGCAUACAAAUUUAUUAAGCAGAAUGCUACCAGACAAAGGCCAAGAUCGUUGGAUUGUGGAGCAUAUACCAACUGUUAGGUUUGGUUUUAAGCAUGAAGGAUUGAGAAACAAUGUCUCUGCUCCUAUGGAAUUUCAAAAUUAUGCAAGUGACUUAAAAUUUGAGGAUCAGUGAAGCUCAAAAUGGAUCUCCUCACUGACAACCAUCUCUUCCUCUGUUUGCAGCUGAAGCCUAAAGGAAAAACUCUCAUAUCAUUCAUGCAAUGUUAGAGAAUGGACUCACUAACUAGCUAGGAGAUUAUUCAGUUCAAAAGAGGUGUAUAUUUGUUUUUGAUAAUGUUGUAGAGAGUGGAUUUGAAGAUCUGUUUUGAUAAUAAUGUCCGCAGAUUACACUGUUAGAUGGUACCAUAGAGCAUAUUAUCUCUGAUCUCUGC